GCCGCCGGCCUCGCCGGCCAACGACGAACGGCCGCUGCCGCCGCCGCCGCUGGCGCAGCCGCGGCAGGACUACAUCAAAGUGGAGAAAGUGGACCUGGCGGACGAGGACGAUGAGAGUUUAGAAGCGACGUUUAGCCAGGUGUCGAGCUUCGAGGCGGCGCAGUUCGAGGGCUCGGACCAGUCUACCGGCUCGCACGAUAUGGCCGGCCUCCUCAGCAGGGUAUCAGAACAGGGUAUCGGAGACAUGUCGGCGAUGGCGGGGCCCUCGGAAGACGGCGCGUCACAAGGCGGCGGCCGGCUGGCGGGCCCUGGCAGCGGCGGCGGCGGCACCCCGCGCGUGCUCUGCACCACCUGCGGCAAGACCUUCUCCAGCAGCACGUCGCUGGCCAACCACAAGCCGCUGCACGCCGGCCACACCACCUGCCGGCUGUGCGCCAAGGUGUACGCCACGCGUCACAACCUGCGCGUGCACAUGCGCCGCGACCACGGCGUGGAGCCCGGCGGCGGAGAACCGGGCGGCAUGCCGCCACACUGGGCCGGACCCGGCUCGCUGUAGGCGGCCGGCGCCGGACGGCGGUGUGAGAGACCCGCCGGACGGUGGCGAGAGGGCUGGCCUGGGGCCGGCUAGAGACCGCCGCCGGAGCGCGGCGUCUGGAGGAGGCUGUCGGAGCUCGGGUCAGGCCGGCAGGAGACAGCCGGGAGGCUGUCGGAGCUCGGGUCCGGCCGGCAGGAGACAGCCGGGAGACAGCCGGGAGGCUGUCGGAGCUCGGGUCAGGCCGGCAGGAGACAGCCGGGGGGGCUGUCGGAGCUCGGGUCCGACCGGCAGGAGACAGCCGGGAGACAGUCGGGAGGCUGUCGGAGCUCGGGUCAGGCCGGCAGGAGACAGCCAGGAGGCUGUCGGAGCUCGGGUCAGGCCGGCAGGAGACAGCCGGGAGACAGCCGGGAGGCUGUCGGAGCUCGGCGUCCAGUCCUGAGCAGGGUCGCACGUCUCGCCGACUGUUUGACUGGCAGCCCCGCCCAUGAGCACCGACCAGUGACAGCCGGUCUGGAGGUCGGAGUUCCGUGAGGCUAUGGUCGCGGCUGCGAGGCUGUGCCCACUGCAGCGGGAUCGCUGCCGGACGGCGGCGGAUGGCUGCACGCUGUUGGAGCUGUUACAGCGCCGCCAGCCCAGUGGUCAUCAUCGAAGAACGUGUACAUAGUGGCAUUAGGGGGGUUUGUAGUAGAAAAGCCAACCCUUGAGCGAAAUUAAUAAAAGCGACGCUCCGCGUGGGUUUUU